CGAGUUUUCGCGGGAAUCUUUUCUGUCAUUGGACAAUCCAGGCACAUAGAGGCGGAACGUAAUCAAUUUUUGCAGGUGGUUUGGUUUGUGUGGUUUCUUGAAUAAGUGAACCCGGCUAUUGUAAGAUAAUGGCAUCUGGAUACAAAAAACCAAGUUUGAGUGGCUCCCAUCGUCGGAAAAGCAGUGGGUUAAAACAUGAGCUUUCUGAAGAUCAGAAGCAGGAGAUCAGAGAAGCUUUUGAUUUGUUUGAUACUGAGGGGUGCGGUAGCAUUGAUAUUAAAGAACUGAAGGUUGCAAUGCGUGCUCUUGGUUUUGAGCCAAAGAAAGAAGAAAUUAAAAAGAUGAUAGCAGACAUUGGGAAAGAUGGAAGCAGCACCCUAAACUUUGAAGACUUUUUAACAAUGAUGACCACAAAAAUGAAUGAAAAAGAUUCUAAAGAAGAAAUUCUGAAAGCUUUCCGACUGUUUGACGAUGAUGGUACAGGCAAGAUUUCCUUUAAAAACCUAAAGCGAGUUUCCAAAGAACUUGGGGAAAAUUUAACAGAUGAAGAACUGCAGGAAAUGAUAGAUGAAGCUGAUCGUGAUGGAGAUGGAGAAAUAAAUGAGGAAGAAUUCUUGAAAAUCAUGAAGAAGACCAAUCUAUAUUAGUGGGUUUUUACCUUUAACAAUGACUUGAAAGUUAUAAACGUGUUUACUGUUUUAUAAUGUACAAAAGGGUAUCUGGUUGGGAGGGAUUUUUUAAAUCAGAAACUUAUUGUUUAUACCAUUGUGAUAAAGUAAUGAUUCAUGGAUGCUAGAAAACUUGUUGCACCUAAGAAAACAGGCCUAUUAUUUCUUUAAUUUGAAGGACAUGGUAACAAAACUGUUUUGAAAAUAAAGUUAUACCAUAAUAUGCA